UCAUCAUCUCUGUAAGGAACGAACAAGUUGAAGGAACAUACCUCUCCCAGUACCUUCAAAUUACUCCCUUUGUCAUGCCGGGUCUUGCAACUACGGAGGCAAAUACAUCAGCCUCUGCAUUCUCUAUGGUUUCUUUCGAUAUCUGCGAAACUUACGCUUCAUUCCUGAAGAAUGAAGAGCUAUCGCCUCCCCUGGCUGCAAUUCUAGCCCUGAGCAAGUUGAUCGAGACAUCCGAUGCUGGGACCAUGCUUGAGUUAGUAAAAGCUCUAAACGACGGUGCAGGAGCUUUGAAGGCCUCGACUUCCAAUCCGAUCAGUUUGAACGCUGGGUGCGAAUUAUUUAUCGCGUUUGUCACAUUGCUCCCGCAUGACUCCGCAAGCUUCUCUGAUUUGAAACUAGAGCUUGUUAGACAAGGCCAAAAAUAUGCUGCUGAGGCUCUCACUUAUCGCGAUAAAAUUGCCAGCCUUGCGCUGGGAUUCAUCAAAGAUGACUCGGUGAUCCUGACUCAUUCCUAUUCGAGAGUCGUGAUGAAGACCCUGCUCCGUGCCCACGAGAGAAAGAGAAUAUCGGUCUACGUGACAGAAGCACGGCCUCGCGGCUUAGGCCUACGAACCUACGAAGAACUUACAGCCGCCGGUAUACCCUGCACGGUGGUACUGGAUUCGGCGGUAUCAUAUGUCAUGGACAAAGUAGACUUCGUUCUAGUGGGAUCAGAAGCUGUCGUAGAAAGUGGCGGCCUGAUCAAUGCCGUUGGCAGUAACCAGAUCGCAAUCAUCGCACAAGCCGCGAAUAUCCCUUUUUAUGCCCUCGCUGAGAGUUACAAAUUUCAUCGUCUAUUCCCGCUAUCGCAGUAUGACCUGCCAACGCACACAUCCAAUAUUCUGUCUUUCCCGUUAUCUUCGGGAGGCAAUGUUACGUCCCCGCCGACCGCGGGCGGGAUCAAAUUCUUUCAUGAAAAGUCCACUAAUGCCGGUUGUAUACGACAAAUGACGCCAGAACAAAUUGCAUGCAACCCUGGAGUGGACUAUACUAGGUGGGAGAAUUAAUGGUGCCAUGACACGUUCUGAUGGAUGAACACCAGGCCGGACCUGAUUACGCUGGUAUUCUCCGAUGUUGGCAGCUUGACUCCUGAAGGGGUCAGCCAAUAUGUUGUGGGGAUGUUUGCAGGAUAACAAAAUUGUCCGUUUAUCCCUCCAAUCCCUCAUCACCAAACUUCGCCUUCAUCCG